CUUCAUUCUCUUUUCACGGAUUCCAAGAGCGGAAAAGAAGCUUUUUUCAGUAGGUUGUCCAUAACAAGGAAAAAUGGUGAAGAUCUGCUGUAUUGGAGCCGGGUAUGUUGGUGGACCUACCAUGGCUAUGAUUGCUCUCAAGUGCCCGUCAAUUGAAGUGGCUGUUGUGGAUAUAUCUGUACCUCGCAUCAAUGCCUGGAACAGCGACCAGCUCCCUAUCUAUGAGCCUGGUCUUGAUGACGUGGUGAAGCAGUGCAGAGGAAAGAACCUCUUCUUCAGCACUGAUGUAGAGAAACAUGUCUCUGAGGCUGAUAUAGUUUUUGUAUCAGUCAACACCCCGACUAAAACUCGGGGCCUUGGAGCAGGCAAGGCAGCAGAUUUGACUUACUGGGAGAGUGCAGCCCGUAUGAUCGCCGAUGUAUCAAAGUCAGACAAGAUUGUUGUUGAGAAAUCAACUGUUCCAGUUAAAACAGCGGAGGCAAUUGAGAAGAUUCUAACCCACAACAGCAAGGGCAUCAACUUCCAAAUUCUCUCAAACCCAGAGUUCCUUGCUGAGGGGACUGCAAUCCAAGACCUCAUCAAACCUGACAGGGUGCUUAUUGGUGGCCGGGAAACUCCAGGGGGCCAGAAGGCAAUCCAAGCUUUGAAGGAUGUGUAUGCCCAUUGGGUGCCUGAAGACCGAAUCAUAUGUACCAAUCUCUGGUCUGCAGAGCUGUCCAAGCUAGCAGCCAAUGCUUUCUUGGCACAAAGGAUUUCAUCUGUCAAUGCAAUGUCAGCUCUUUGUGAGGCAACUGGAGCUGAUGUUUCCCAGGUGUCUCAUGCUGUUGGUAAGGAUACAAGAAUUGGGCCCAAGUUCCUCAAUGCCAGUGUUGGUUUUGGUGGUUCUUGCUUCCAGAAGGAUAUCCUCAACCUGGUGUACAUCUGCGAGUGCAAUGGCCUCCCUGAGGUAGCGAAUUACUGGAAACAGGUCAUCAGCAUGAAUGAUUACCAGAAGAAUCGUUUCGUGAAUCGGGUGGUUGCCUCCAUGUUCAAUACCGUUUCAGGUAAGAAGAUUGCAGUGCUUGGGUUUGCAUUCAAGAAGGACACUGGCGACACAAGAGAGACCCCCGCUAUUGAUGUUUGCAAGGGGCUCUUGGGUGAUAAGGCCCGCUUGAGCAUCUACGAUCCUCAAGUCAAUGAAGAUCAGAUCCAGAGGGAUUUGUCAAUGAACAAAUUUGACUGGGAUCACCCUCUUCACUUGCAGCCAAUGAGCCCUUCCUCUGUGAAGCAAGUUAGUGUGACUUGGGAUGCUUAUGAGGCUACAAAGGAUGCCCACGCUAUCUGUGUCUUGACAGAAUGGGAUGAGUUCAAGACACUCGAUUACCAGAAGAUCUAUGAUAACAUGCAGAAGCCUGCCUUUGUGUUCGAUGGGAGGAACAUUUUGAACGUGGGGAAGCUGAGGGAGAUUGGUUUCAUCGUCUACUCCAUCGGUAAGCCUCUGGAUUCAUGGCUCAAGGACAUGCCUGCUGUGGCAUAGACAGGAUGCUUAAGUGGGUUAGCUUGUGGUGGGGACCAUGUGAUCAGAGUUAGAAGUUGAAGUUGAUUCUUUAAAUUCUUUUCCUUUCUAUUGCUUCAGUUAUGGGUUCAGAUGUUUCUUUUACCUAGUUGCCAGAGUUCCCUAUUCCUCCAUCCUGGGGAGGAAAAGACAUUUAUGUUUUGAACUUGCAUGGUAUUCCAUCUUUAUACUAUUGUCUGUUAGUCUGUACUCUCUAGUGAAUGCCUGGAUCAAUGUGUUUCUCUAUUUUGCUUAAUAUAAAUGGAUUCAAGUAAUUUAUGAACCA